AUGUCAGACACAGAAUCCGGGACCCCUAAUGCCGGUUCAACGGCGAAGAAAUCAAAGCGGCGGAGGAGGAAAGAUUACAUGGUGGACGAGGAAGGGCAAAUGGAGUCGCGACAGAAGCUGGCAAAAAGAAUCUUGUUGUCUCUUACGAGGCCUUCCUAUGUCAUGGGAUUGGGUCCCAAACCUCUGAGGGUGGAACACCGUACUAGGUUACGCUAUUUGCUGCGGAGACUCGUCAACCAGCAUCACUGGGUCGCAGCCAGUGGCGUUCUCAGUGCCUACUUGAAGGGCACACUUAAUGACACAUCUCCUCUCAGAAACCGUCUUAGGUUUUGGGUUUUGAUGGAGCUUCUUAAGUAUAUGAAAAACAAUUCUAUUAAUUCCACUAAAAUCAAGAACCUUUAUGAUAUCUGGUCGAAGAAAAUUGGAUCAAUGAAAACUUGGCCAUUACAGGAUGAAUUUGGGACUGGCCAUAUAUCCUGGAAAAUUGGGGAUGGAUUAGUCCUCAUGGUGGCUUUUAAAGAUACAUUGCUCCUUGAGCAAGAGAGAGUUGAUAUUGAUCCUGUGUCGAAGAUGAUGAUGGGUUUGACAUUCUACGAGCUGUGGUAUUCUUCUAUCCCCAAAGAAUUCCAGUGGAGAAACUCAGAUCAGGUUGACAUGCGAAAGAACUCACAAAUGGAGGAAACCUCAUUUAUGAACGAAACUGAACAGUCAGAGUGGUAUCAUUCAGUUGAAUCCCACAUGGCUGACUCCCAAUGUCAACGUGAUUCAGAUGCCUCUAUCAUGAAUGAUAAGCAUAUAUCCAAGGAUGUUGUAUUCAGUGAAGACAUGAGGGUUGUUACUAUUAAAAGAGAAAAACCACAUCAGAACUUUCAGCCAGAAGGUUUUUACUUAAAUUCUGAAGAGCAAAAAGGAUUUGAAGACCCUUUUUCUAUUAGUGGAGGUCUUACAGAGGAUAUCUUACAUGGUCUUGGUGGACUUGAUUUGUGGUUGUUGCCCUUGCAUUUUUCUGAUGAGAACAAUUUCGAGGAGUUCAUGUUUUUGCAAAGAAAUCAGCCUAAUGACUAUCACAGAAAUUCAGUGAAAUAUUUUCAACUAGCUCUCAACUCAGAACCUUCUGCUUCUGCAGCAUUACUUCCAUUGGUACAGUAA